CAUUUCUUUCUUUCUUUUUUUUCUAUUUCCUCUCCCUAAGGGUAGAAACGCGUUACAUAUAAAAUUAUUUAAAUUUAAUUCUUUCGUUCGGAUCAUUUCUUUCUUUAAAAAAUAAAAUUGUAAAUUUUGUUUUUAAUUUUAAAACAUUUUUACAAGUGAUCAUUUUUUUUUAAAUAUUAUAACAAAGAGGAAGUGCAAUUGUUUAAUGAUUUUGUGAUAAAAGUGUUGCAUUUAAAUAUUUUAUGCAAAGAUUUAAGUGUAUUUAAAUCGAAAAUAAGGAAAAAUAAGGAUACACAUAAAAUUUCCAGUGAAAUCUUUAAUAAAUAAUAAAUCAACAUGAAUUUCCUCGCCGUAUUCUUCGCCAUCUGCAUGUCAAUAACCCUUGUAUCUGGACAAUUUUUCAAUGGUUUUGAUAGAAGAUUUUCACUUAACGCAAUACCAGAUGAUUACAGCAACAAUGGAAUCAGAGACGCGCGACAAGAUAGAGGACCAGUUGUUUUCCCCCCACCCCCACGUGACAGUCCAAUUGAAUCGAGUGGGGUUGUUGUAGGUGCAUCAGGUUUUGGCUUUGUGCCACCAUCCCAAAGUCAAUAUUUCGCAACACAAUCCCAACCAUCAUCGUUAGACUUUUUCAACAGCCAAUUCUUCCGAUACUACUAAGUCAUUCUAUAUGUUAAUUAAUUUUAAGUUAUUAAAUACGAAAAUUUAGCUAAAUAAACCAACCUCUGUACAUAAACAUAUAACACAA